AUGUAUUUUCCAAAUGCUUCACUUUUCCAAACGUAUCAGAAAAUAAACCAUGAAGUGGAUCCGUUCGAUGCCAUUGACUUUGUCGAACGUGUGGCUUGGCGUAUGACCGGUGGUGCAGAGACGAUCAGCGAUCCGGUAUCACUAAAGAACAAGUUUGAGGAAGAAAUUGGCAGCUUACAAAUGCUCUGUGAUCAAUUCCAGAGCAAAAUAUCGAUACUUGAGCACGAGCUGAACAAAGAAAAACGCGAGUAUAUUAAUCAGCUGCAAAAACUUUAUGAAAGAAAUGCUGAGGCUAUCGACAAGGUCAAGCAACUGGACGCUACAAUGCAAUCAGUGUCAACUAAAGUUGUUCAUUUGGGCGAUCAGUUGGAAUCGGUUCAUCAACCAAGGCAGCGGGCUCAUGAUGCGCUGCAAUUGAUACAGCACUUUGACGAGUUUCUUUCUGAUCAGCCAUUAAAUUCUAUGAUUUUUACUGAUCCAGACAAGCUUUUGGAAUCAGCUGAUCUUGUUCAAAAGCUGUAUUCAAUUUCACAAGAAUUGUCGAAAGAAAAAUUUGCAGCUGUACAAGCGCGGAUAGCACAUAGGUGA